AUGUCACGUAACUACACUGCUUCUCAAUUCGAACAAACAUUUGUACCAAAACGUUUACAAAUGUAUCAGGUUCCACGAGAUCCACAACCAGGAGUGCAUCCUUCAGAGACAACUACCUUAAGUGGAAGUAGUUUUAUUACUGAUAGCAAAGGUCAUAUUUUACCUGGUGUAAAAAAAUCAGAACGAUCACCUUUUGGUGAAUUUAUUGGUACAUGGGAUUUACCUAAGAAGAUUCCUGGUCCUUAUCAUGUACAUCCAGUGGGACGAACCGAAAAAAGUUUCAAUUCACUUUGUGCACAACGAGAUCAAACUGUUCAACAAAUGGAAAAAGCACGAGUCUACGCAAAAGAAGGAUCAUCCAGUCAAUGA